CUCACAUCACCGAGAGGCAGAAUGGACCAAACAUCUCUUCUGUGGCUCUUUGUGAGCUCUCUGCUGUUCUGCUCAACAAACCAAGCCUCUCUGACUGUGAGUCCCAGCAGAUCUCAGAUGUUUAAAGGAGAGUUUGUCUCUCUGAGCUGUGAGGAGGACGACAGCUCUGCUGGAUGGAAGCUGAGGAGGAACACAACCAGAGACACCAGGAAGGAGUGUGGAGAGGACUGGGGAAGACCAGCUGGUUCCUCCUGUAAAAUCAGCUACAUUCAAACAUCAGACAGUGGCGUUUACUGGUGUGAGUCCAGAGAGGGAGCAACCAGUAACAGCAUCAACAUCACUGUCACUGGUGGACCAGUGAUCCUGCAGAGUCCUGUCCUCCCUGUGAUGGAGGGAGAUGAUGUCACUCUGCACUGUAAAACAAAGACCUCCAACCUCACAGCUGAUUUCUAUAAAGAUGGCUCCCUCAUUAGGACUGAGCCUGCAGGUCACAUGACCAUCCACCAUGUUUCCAAGUCUGAUGAAGGCCUCUACAAGUGUCACAGCAGCAGUCAUGGAGAGUCUCCAUCCAGCUGGAUCUCUGUCACAGAGAAACCCACCACAUCUCCACCUCCCCUCACUUCUACCUCUCCUCCUUCAUCUGCUGCAGAUGAUGACAUCACUGAUGACAUCACUGAUGACAUCACAUACAGUGACGUCAAAAUAUCUCGUCGGCAGCCAAUCAGACAGAGUGGAGAUGACUCAGCUGUGACUCAGCGCUGUGUGGACAGUGAUGGCUAUGGCGUCCUCAGUUGA